AGCUAGCUAUGUAUAUAUAUAUACAUACAGGGCGGGUCUUAUUCUCUAACUUGGAAUAGACAAGUUGCGUUUCAGCCAAAAAAAACUUGUAAUAGACAAGUUGCUUAAAUUAAUUAGCUCUCAUAUCUCAACUUGUACCACUUGAGAAACUGGCAAUCGGCUUUUCUCUCUUCUUGUUGUCCUUGUUUUGUUACAGAUUUUAAACUAGCUAGCUAGCUAGCUAGACAGAUUAAUUAAUAUAUAGAAUUUGAGAAUGACAAAGGUAUAUCCAAACUCCGGUGGUGGGUCGAGGACUACGGCGCCUCAGAAGGUGAUGAGGUACUCUUCCAGCGCGGAUGAAAACCAGCAGGAGGGGGCGGAGGUGUUGACGGUGUGGAAGAAGUCGCUGCUGUUCAAUUGUACAGGUUUCACGGUGUUUAACGCCAAGGGUAAUCUGGUGUUCAGGGUGGAUAACUACUUGGCAGGUAACAAGGCUGAGAUCGUACUCAUGGACGCUGCUGGCAAGCCCCUCCUCACAAUCCGUCGCAAGAGGUUGAGCCUGGGAGACAACUGGCUGGUAUUCGAGGGAGAGAAGGUGGUGAAUCCGCUGUUCUGCGUGAGAAAGCAUGUGAACAUCCUGAACGGAAAGUGCUUGGCGUACGUGAGCAGCAGCUGCGGAUCAUCGUCAUCAUCACGGGCCGGGAAGAAGGGAUCAUCAGUAUUGUAUGAGAUAGAGGGGUCGUACGCGCAAAGGAGCUGCGGCGUGUACGACCAGAAGAGGCGGAGAGUGGCGGAGAUAAAGAGGAAGGAGGCGGCAGUGGGAGGAGUGGCAUUAGGAGGAGAUGUGUUUCGUCUGAUAGUGAAUGAGCCUCAUCACUUGGAUACUGCAACCGCCAUGUCCCUCGUCAUCCUCCUCGAUCAGAUGUUUGGAUCCUCCUCCUAUUCUACACGCUAGACUACCUACCCAUGUCCUCCUCCUAUUCUACACGCUAGACUACCUACCCACCUCACCUACCUUUCUACCUCAUCCACCAUCCAAACUUUCACUUAAUUUCUUCCCACUCCUUAAUAAUCUUUCCAAAUUUACCAACUUUAAUUUACGAGUCAUAUACAUAUAUACACAUGUUAAUAUAUAUAUGUAUACCUCUUGUCUCUUUCUGUCUGUCUGUCUAUUAUAUAUACACAUGUUAUUGGCUUACUUACCAAUUCAUCCACCAUUUUUCCUUCGCCCGCGGUGGCAACUGCAACUUGGGAAGCAGCCUCCAAUGUCCAUUUGUUCUGCCUCA